ACGCGCCAACUGUGUGGCGGCCACAUCUUUUGCGCGAGUACUGUUUGUGUUUCGUAACGACUUCCUUACAUAACAGUACCGAGUACUUGUUGAUAGUCGAUCUCGCGCAGAUAUAUAUUCACAUAGUUCAUCCUGGAUUUUUUUAUUAUACUAGACGAGUGGAUUACCAUCUCUUUCUACUCUCAUUCUAUGUUUCCCUGAAUAGUGUUGUCAGGAAAAGAAAGCAUAAAUCAUUCCAUUAACUAUAGUAAUUUCUCAGUAAACGGGGCAGAAUCUCUAAGAUGGAUUUCAGAGAGCUUAAUGAAUAAUUAUGUUUACUCCUCCAAAGAAUGAAUGAGUCGUCAAAUCGUAACUGCCUAGUCGGUAGAAAUACUGGAUUGAAUCCUAACGUCAUGCGUGACAGUUUGCGUGUACUUAACUCUUCGUGUACUGUAACCACAACUACUCAUGCUCUUGAAAAUCGAUCAAAUUAUCCACCGAAUACUUCGAAUCACGGGUUUUUAUGCUCCGAAAAUGGUUUCAAUAAGUCUAUCUCCACUUUUCCCAAUUGUUCGGUUGAUUCCUGCUUUCCUAGUCUCACUGUCUCAAUGGAACAGAAUUUGGUUACGGAUUAUUCUCAGUGUCAUUCAUGUGGUAGCUCCCCACCGCCUCCAGCAUUAUCUCCCGUUAGUUCCUCUCCUACUCAUGGGAGCAACAACCAAAAUAACCAACCUUCCUCCCCUUCUCCUCCAAUCAUAGUCGCUGAAAUUCGAGGUCCUUCAUCCAUUUCAUCUCAAUCAGCUUCCGAGAAAAGCUCUCAUCCCAGGGGUGCAUUUAAAAUGAAUCAACAUGCUUCUCAAAUUCUGAGUAAACCACCGAAUUCUAGUUGCCCAAGGAUAGCAAGCGAUAUGUUUAUGUCUAGUUCCAGUAGUUCAUCUUCGUCUACAUCUUCCUCCUCGAUUUUGAACGAGGCUAACCAUUCUGCUAAUGGUUUACCAAUUCUCGAAAAAAUUUCUAUUGUUCUUGGUUCACCAAGACGACCAGUUGGCGAAAAUUCAAUAAUUCGCGCAAAUAACACUGAUUCACCUUUAAAAAAUGAAGAUGCAAGACUUCCAAAGUUGGUUCUAGAGAAUCAUAUCCAUUCAUCAAAUAGUAAAGAAAACUCCCCAGAGAAGGUUGAUGAACCCCUCAAAGCUGACUCGUCUGUUAAAAAUGAAGAUACUAAGUCGAAUGUAUUGAAUCAAAAGUCUAAAGUAGCAACAAAACGAAAAACAUCAGCUCGAUCAAGACGUCGACCUAAAUCACGAAAAAUUCGAGGAGAUUCUGAUUCCGAUUUCGAGCCAUUUUCCCAGUCUCAAGCAGGUGGAUCUCGUGGUAGAGCCGAUGCCAGAGCUCUUAUUCGUCGGGUUCAACAAAAAGUCAGCAAUAAAAAAUCUGUUGCUGGUGUUACAUCUGACACUCCUGGUGGGACCAGUGCAGAUAUUGCAAUGCGCAGAAAGUAUUUAGAAUCACCCUUUUUAUGUCUUUGCCAAGCUGGAGGAACAGUUUCUAGUCUUAUGAAAACUUCGGACAACUUCACUAAAUACAAUUGCAUUCCUUCUGGAUCUAAAAUAGUCUGUAAUAAUUCAACUACUAAUAAUGAGUUGAUUGAUAUGAAUUCAUCUUUUUCUGCCCAUAUAAUUAACCCAGCUUUACGUGACUUGUCUGUUCAACAAGUUAAUGGAUACUUCUCUCAUUGUACCAUGCCUGUUAGUUGUCCAUUCAAAGCUAAUCUAAGUGGAAACGCAUCAAUUAAACUUGAUAAACAUGACGUCGGCAUGGAAUCUCGUAGUAUUCUUACAGGUAUUACAUAUAGACCUUCAGGACCUCUCCGGGUACGUGACUAUCAGUUCCCAACCUCAGUAAAUCCUAAUAGCCUUUGGAUAUGUGCCUUCUGUGGUGAAGAUAACAAUUAUACUGAAAUUGGUUGUUUAUAUGGUCCCUAUUGGCUUACAGAAGCAGAUAUGAAGCAAUUACCUUCAGAGCUCAUCUAUGAUUCCACUAAUGAAUAUCAGUCUCCUGAUACAGUGACUCAGUCUAAUACACCCAUGACUCCUGUAUCCAGACGUGCAAGAAGUAUAGAAAAGGCAAUUCGUUCUGGUGUAAUUACUUCGACUACUACACGAUCGGCAGCAGCCCAAGGACGUCCUACAGCUGCUAAUACUGGUUUUCUUCGCCUAGUUAUCAAAGCUUCAAAUAGUACGAUAAAUAAUGAUCACUCCCCGACAAAAAAUUCACCCGAUCUAUCUAAGAUAACAAACUCUUGCAGGCCUAGAGUAGGAUCGAACGGUGAAGUCUGGUUUCAUUUUGAAUGUGUACUUUGGGCUCCUGGCACUUACGUGAACGGAAAUGGUGUUAUUGGCGGUCUUGGUGAUGCAUUACAAUUAGCCCUUAAUGCACAUUGUUCACAUUGUCAAAGACCUGGAGCAAUUCUAAGUUGUUGUAAUCGAGGAUGCAAUUUGAGUUAUCAUUAUCAAUGCGCACAUAGAGCUGGUAAGAGAGUAAAGUUAGGUGUUUAAACAAAAUUCUGAGCUAUAAUAAUAUUUCCGAUAAUUUUUUAGACCCUAUAAUGUAGUAUUCUAGGUUUUCCCAUUCCUUUCAAUCAUUUUUUAGAAUAAUAGAUUUUUGUUGUAAUUUCAUUAGAAAUACUUUAUCUUUGAUGAAAAUGUCUUUUCUAGUUUUCUUCUUCUUCUUCCCUAAUCACUUGUUUAUUCAUUGGUUCGAAUCUACUGGCUAUAAUAAAAUGGACUCAAUAAACAGAUGUACAUAUAAUUCGACAAGGGUUAUUUACCAGCAGAAUCCAAGAUGAACAUUUCAUUCUACUUGUUUGAAUUUUUAUUUCUUGUGUCUAUUUAGGUUUAUAUUGCAAAUAAUAUUUACACGUAUUACUAACAGUUUCAAACAUGAAAAAAUCUCUCCAGUCAACUAUUGAGUUGUGAUAAUAAUCUCAUCGUGUUUAACUGUUAUUUCCAUCAACUAUAAUCACUUCUGUGAUUUAUCAUAGUAAUUAAGUUUAAUGGUCGUAGAGUUAGCAUUCAGUAGUAGGUAAAUAAACACAAGACGUAAGUGUUAUUCAUGGAUCUUGAAUCAUAUAAUGCCCAUUUUUAACUUUACUAUCAAAUUAAUUACUUAUCUGAAAAUAUUGAGAUGUCCAGUCAGUAAUAUAUUCCAUAUUUCAAGUAAAUGAAUGAAUUAGUAAUUCUACGAAAAGAAAUUUUACACUAACACAUCCUAAUUUCAAGGCUGUUUCGUUGAAAUGGUAGCGAAUCUUCAUCGACAGAAGCAGUUGAGACACAUAUUUAUGUAUUCCGAACUAGCAUUAACCUGGACAGAAAAUGUUUGCUGUAGUUACGAUUAGGUUGAAAAUAAACUAGCAGCGACUAAUCCAAGUUUUAAUGUCUGUCAGUGAAGUCAUUGACGGUUAAUAAGUGUCAGAUGCAUGGUUGAAAUUCACAUGAUUGUCAUAACCAGUGAUUGGAGACAUUUGGAUGACAUGGCGCUAAUGUACUUUCUCCUUGUCUUCCUUCAGAUCUUCAGUUUUAAGAUUAUCGUUUUCUGCCUAUCCCACAAAUUUGUCCUUAUCAAAUUACAUUGUCUGUGGCUGGUAUUUUCUACUACACGUGAUAUCGCUACUACUUCGUAUACUGGGGUAUUUGGCUUGUUGCUUUGCUGAUAUUGUUUGGCAACCGAUGCUCAUAUGUCCCAGGUUUUAUGUUCUCUGUGACUGACUAAUUCAUUUCAUUGACCUAUGUUAGAUAACUGAUCAGCAGACAUAUCUUAACAGACAGUCUACACAAUUAAAAAGGUUUUUAAGGGUUCAUAGUUCCUUUAGUUCUAGCAAUGACAUUUUCAGUGAUUUCAUCCCAACUUCCUUUGGUUUAUAAAUCAAUACUCUUUUCUUCAACUUGGUUUACACUGCGAUUAUCGGGUUAAAUCUCUAUAAGGAGAUAAUUUAUAAAAUUCCCUUUUUUAAAAUUUCAUUUCGUUACUGUUUUUCAUUCAACUCUAAUAGAUGUUACAGUAUUUAUUCAAAGACUAUUAAUAGGCAGGAAAAUGUAUUCUAUCAACUUUAUUCACCAUAUCUCAUACCCGUAUAUUGUUGAUCAUCACUAUCUUUUGUUGUGGAAUUGUAGUAACUUACUUAUUCCGAGAAGUUCGAUGUGCAUCAUAUUCAAGAAUAUUAUUAGUACAAAAAAUACGACAGUAAAAUAAUACAAUUCCACCACAACUACAAAACCUAUAUUUAAUACCUUCAAUUUUUUUCGUUUAUGUCCAUAUGACAUUUGUUAUCUCAGUCAUUUGUACAAUCAAUUGUAUAAUUUCUUCAGUAAUUGAAAUAUUCACAUGAAUUAGUUAUCUUCUGGAAAUUUCUUCUUAGCUUUUUUGUUGAUCAAAUGCGAGCUUGACAAUAAAGUUAGUUUCAAUAGUUGAGAUCAUGAGUCAAUUGAAGUUAGGCCAUCGUGGAAAAUCUGAAAGCACUGGACGGCCGUUUCGUCCUAUUGUGGGUCUCCUCAGCAAUGCGCAUCCACGACUACGUCUCGCGUGAUUCGAACUUAUGAUCUCAACUACUGAAACUACUACAAUCUCCACAAAACCCCUUCUGAUACUAAUAAAGUUAGUUUUAUAAAACUCAAGUAUGAGGCAUAAUUUUGAUAUUCGACGUUUCGAGCUAAUCAAUCGAAGGCCCCAUCGAAAUAUAUAUUCAUUUGUGUUGUUCAACAAUCUAGUUGAAACGUGUACAGUGUAUCGGUAAUUGGAAAAAAUCUAGGCAUCAUUAAAUACUGCAACAUUGUUUAGCUCGCAAACAAUGAUUUUUCGAUUAAAUCAGGGCUAAUCUUAUUGUCCAAUCCUAAUAAGAUAUUCUUCUUCGGUGUUGCAAAUUCAAUCUAAUAGAGGACUGAUGAAAUAUAGCUUCUUUUCAUUAACAUACCAGAUUGAUUUCAAUAUAUCGUUAAAUUAAAAAAAAAAUUGAGUUCACAAAAUGUGGAAUACUGAGUUUCGACUUUGAGUAAAUAUUAUCUUAAUCCGCUUGAUAUCAGAAUGUAUGAGUUUUAUUCAUUACUGAACUGUAGGUUCAUUAUGAUCCCCUUUGAUAAAAAAUCUAUCCUAUAUUCUCUCACGCCAGUCAAUCUCCUCUAUUAAUAAUUUUCUGUGUUUAUCAAGAAAGAAAAAAAAAGAAGAUUAACCUAUAACCUUCUAUUUACUUUUAGAAUGUCAUUUGGAUCGAGAUCAAUAUAUUUUGCUGUGCAAAAAGCAUCAUAUCUAUUCAUAGUCGGUUAAUCCAUUGGCAUAACAACAGAUAUCACAUAUAUACUUAUCAUAGUGAUUACGAAGUAUUUGUUUUUAUUACUGUUCCAUGUUUAUACAUCCUAACACAUUUAGUUUGUUUUUUCUUCAAAAAAGAAGCAUUGUUUUGUAAAGAUAUCUUGUAUAUGUAUGUAGUUAGAUAGAGGUAUGUUUGCACACUUUGUUUUUUCUUCAAUGAUAUGAUAUGUUGUAUAGGUGCUUAAUAAUUAUUGAAUCUAAACUACAGAAAUAAGUGAACACUUUCUUUCCUAUCACUUCACUACUUGUGAACAAACCACAAUGUAGAAAGAAAGAAAUAGUGAUUGUACAGUUCUUUCUUCCAUCUUUCUUUCUUUCGUUUUCAUUAUACACGUUUUGUUGUUUGUUUUUUACUCAUGUACGUAUUUAUGCUCUUCAUAUUAUUAUUAUUAUUAUUAUUAUUUUUUAUUUUCCCUAUUUUGACUCAAACUAAAUCCGAUAGUAAUGAUAAUGAUCAAAAUAUACAAUCAAAUCUACUUAUCUAUCUGAUUUUAUUCAUGUAUUUUAUCAAUGGAAUUUGUUUCUCUAUGCAUGUAUAUCUAUUUAUGUAUCAAUUUAUUUAUGUAUAUGAAUUUGUUGAAAGAUUAUGCCUUUUAUAUUUAUUCUUUUGAAAAUGUAUAUUUAUGUCUAUGGGAACAAGUGACAAAUUGGUGAAAAGUUGGUGGGAUUUAAGGAGCAGUUGAUGAAAAUAUUUAUACCUAGUAGAUUUUGUGUGCAUGUGUGUGUGUGUGUGAAUAAGUGUGCCAAGUGUUACUAUUCCUCUGAGUUUAUUUUCCCCUCAUUUUGAUCUAUAAAAUAUACCAAAAUAAAUUGAAUAUUAAUUAUAGUGUAUACGUGUUCUCAAAUGUUGAGAGAAACAAUUCCACUUCUGAUGAUUUCCAGUUGAUUUUUCUAAAUUACUACUAUUCUUCUUUGUCUUAUCUGUUGGUUUUCUUUCCAAAAUAGUAUCCACUUGUAUAUGAAAGGUGUUUGUUAGUCUUGUUUUCUAGUUAAUUGUUUUUACUAUAAUUGUGCUUCUCCUAUUGUGUGUUUUUAAUACGAUUACUUCUAUGUGUGUAUAAGAG